AUGGCGACAAGAACAACAACAAGAAUCUCGUGCUUCGUGCUUAUGAUGAUGAGCUUCUCGGUUCUAAUGGGAUGUUGUCAUUCGGCGAACAUUUACAGAGUCGGAGACUCAGAGGGAUGGACGGCGAAGGACGACGCCUAUUAUGGUUGGGCUAAGCGUAAGGUAUUCCACGUAGGAGAUUCUCUGAUCUUUGAAUACGAUCGCAAUCUCAACGACGUCACUCAAGUCUCCGUUGCUUUGGAAUACCAGUUUUGCGUCUCUUCUUUUCCUAAAGCCGUCUACAAGACAGGACACGAUGUCGUGACUCUCACGGAACCAGGUUAUCACUACUUCAUCAGCUCAAAUUAUGCUCGAUGUGUUUCCGGACAGAAACUCGCAGUUCUUGUCGUCCAUGGACCCUCACAUCCGAUUCCUCCACCACCACCGAGCACGAUCCUACCUUCUGGAAUGACCUACAAGGUCGGUGACUCCCAAGAAUGGAGUGUUCCUGAAGAGACUGACUUUUAUGACAAGUGGAGCGAGGAGAAACACUUUCAUGUGGGAGAUAGUCUUCUUUUCUACUACGACGACCAAGUGAACGACGUCUUGGAAAUCAGAGGUGAUAAGGAGUUCAAAUCUUGCGACCCUUCUUCUCCUGUUGCCGUGCACAAUACGGGACAAGAUCUCGUUGAGCUCACAAAACCAGGAAUCUACUAUUUCAUAAGCUCAAAGACUAGUCAUUGUGAGGCUGGGCUUAAGCUUCGAGUGGUGGUGCGACCACUACCCAAAGCUGCUCCGAAGAAGAAGAAAUUGUCACCUUUGGAUCGUCUCAUCAGGUGGUUACAGACUUUCAGACCCCAACCCCAUCACUAA